AGUUAAAAACCCAAUUAAGCAUGAAAAUGUUUUUAAAAUGUAAAUUGUAUGUUGUUUUUUAUAAUUUAAUUAAAUUAUUAAUAUUUUAAUGUGGUUUUUUAACCAGAUAAGACUGAUGCGUUGAUAAGGCAGGAACGCCAUUAAGUACAUGUUUAAUGCUGAGAAAUUUAUAUUUAAUGGGCUACCGCGUAAGUAGUUCGAAAUGCCUUACAAUUUGCUUAGGUCUCACGUUUUUGAUGGGAUGUUUCAUCGCUACGCUACCAAUUCCCCCUCCAGAGUCACAAAACCUCCAAAUUUCUGUGAAAAAACUUGAUAAGAAGCUGGCUAUAAUAGUUCCUUUUAGAGACAGAUUUGAAGAAUUACUAGAGUUUGUACCACACAUGUACAAGUUCUUAAAGAAACAAAAUAUACUCUUUGAUAUUUUUGUUAUACAGCAAAAAGACAGCAAUCGUUUCAAUAGAGCCUCACUUAUAAAUGUUGGUUAUAUUUUCACUAAAAAAAAUUAUGAUUAUAUAGCAAUGCAUGAUGUGGAUUUACUGCCAAUUAACGAUAAUUUAAAAUAUGAUUACCCAGGAUUGGGACCUUUACAUAUUUCAUCCCCUGAUACACAUCCAAAAUAUCAUUAUGCUACUUUCAUUGGUGGAAUACUGUUAGUAUCACGGGAUCACUUUAAGCUAGUCAAGGGAAUGUCUAAUAAUUACUGGGGAUGGGGCCUGGAAGAUGAUGAAUUUUAUGUUAGAUUAAAAGAUGCAGGUUUGAAAGUUUUCCGACCAAAGAAUAUCACUACAGGAACUGAGAACACAUUUAAACAUAUCCAUGACAAAACAUACCGAAAACGGGACAUGAGAAAAUGUUUCAAUCAACGUGAGGUGACAAGACAUCGAGAUAGGGUGACGGGGGUUCAUGAUGUUGCUUAUACUAUUCACAGCACCCAUAGUGUAGUAAUAGAUGACUUUCCUAUUACUGUUGUUAAUGUGGAGCUGUUGUGCAAUAAGUCUGUUACACCAUGGUGUAAAUGCCCUGAACCAGCGAAGGUUAAGAAUACUAAGUAAAAGUGAUUUAAAUCAAGUGCUCAUAUUAAGACAUAAGCAUAUUUGGUACACAUAAUUACCUUUUUUGAAAUAGGACAAAAUUUUGUUUAUUGACUCUUAAAUGCCUGAUUCUGGUUUCUGAAAAUUAAAUUACUUUUAAGGAAUACAGACAUCAAAUGUCUGUUUGAGAAUUCAGUAAGAUUCUCAUUAUUGUGUUGGACUUGCCUAAAGUUGUAAUACUCAAACUUUUACACACCAAAGACUAAUAAAUUUUUUUAGAACACAUCUAUGAAAAACAGAAUUGGGCAAAAGAAUAUUUUUCGAAAUAGGUAUAAACUUAUUUUAAAAUUAAUUUCUGAAGUAACCCAUAUACCCCACAUACAUUAUAAGAUUUAAUUUUUCAUGUGUAUUAAAACCAGUGUAUUCUGUAUUUAUAUUUUCUAGUCUUAUCUUUACUGUACUGAUGAACAAAGCAAUAUACAUAUUUUACAAA